AUGAUCUUAUUACAUCAAAUGGUAUAUCUCCUUUUCAUUGUCUCUGUUUCUGGUGAAUGUGUUACUGAGCUGUUCAGAGACAUAAGCUUUCAAGGGGGAGAUGUUGAUACUGUUUUUACACCAAGCGCUAAGUACUGCCAACUACUCUGUACCCACCACCCAAGAUGCUUGCUGUUCACGUUCAUGGCUGAAUCAACAUCGGAAGAUCCUACCAAAGGUUUUGCCUGUGUCCUGAAAGACAGUAUUACUGAAACAUUGCCAAAGGUGAAUAUGACAGGAGCAAUUUCUGGAUAUUCUUUUAAGCAAUGUCCACAUCAACUAAGUGCUUGCAACAGAGAUGUUUACGUGGACCUGGACAUGAGGGGCAUGAACUAUAAUGACUCUCUCGCCAGCAGUGCUCAGAAAUGCCAAGAGAGAUGCACAAAUGACAUCCACUGUCAGUUUUUCACGUAUGCUACAAGGCACUUUCCCAGUGCAAAACACCGUCACAUCUGCUUGUUGAAGUACACCCCAACAGGCACACCAACUGGAAUAGCCAAGCUCAGUAAUGUGGUUUCUGGAUUUUCACUCAAGUCCUGUGCACUUUCUAACCUAGCUUGUAUUAGGGACAUUUUCCCCAGUACAGCAUUCUCAGACAGUAAUGUCGGCAGUGUUAUGGCUCCAGAUGCCUUUGUCUGCCGCCGACUUUGUACCCAUCAUCCCACCUGCUUGUUCUUUACCUUCUUUUCCCAAGAAUGGCCAAAAGAAUCUCAAAGAAACCUCUGUCUCCUUAAAACAUCUCAAAGUGGAUUGCCAAGUACACGCAUUACAAAGGACCAUGCCCUUUCUGGUUUCAGUCUACAAAACUGUAGGCACAGCGUCCCAGUAUUCUGUCAUUCUUCAAUUUACCAUGACACUGAUUUCUUGGGAGAGGAAUUGGAUAUUGUUGAUGUGAAAGGACACGAAGCUUGUCAGAAAACUUGUACCAGUGCCAUCCGCUGCCAGUUCUUUACCUAUUCCCCACCUCAAGAAUCUUACAAUGAAAGAAAGGGCAAAUGUUACUUGAAACUUUCUUCCAAUGGAUCUCCAACUAAAAUACUUCAUAGAAGAGGAGGCAUCUCUGGAUAUACAUUAAGAUUAUGUAAAAUGGAUAAUGUGUGCACAACCAAAAUCAAGCCCAGAAUUGUUGGAGGAGCUCCAUCGGGUCACGGAGAGUGGCCAUGGCAGGUAACUCUGCACAUCACAUCCCCAACUCAGAGACACUUCUGUGGAGGCUCUAUCAUCGGAAACCAGUGGAUAUUAACAGCUGCUCAUUGUUUCUAUGGGGUAGAAUCACCUAAACUUUUACGUAUCUAUGGUGGCAUUGUAAAUCAAUCUGAAAUAAAUCAGGAAUCUUCUUUCUUUGGGGUUCAAGAAAUAAUAAUUCAUGAUAAAUAUACAAUGGCAGAAAGUGGGUAUGAUAUUGCCUUGUUGAGACUGGAAACAACCAUGAAUUACACAGAUUCUCAACGACCUAUCUGCCUACCUUCCAAAGGAGAUAGAAAUAUAAUGUAUACUGACUGCUGGGUGACUGGAUGGGGGUACAGAAAACUAAGAGAUAAAAUCCAAAACACACUCCAAAAAGCCAAGAUACCCUUGGUGUCACAUGAAGAAUGCCAGACAAAAUACCGAGGGCAUAAAAUAACCAACAAGAUGAUCUGUGCAGGCUAUAAAGAAGGAGGGAAGGAUGCCUGUAAGGGAGAUUCCGGGGGACCCCUGUCCUGUAAACACAAUGAAGUCUGGCAUUUGGUAGGGAUCACAAGCUGGGGCGAAGGUUGUGGUCAAAAGGAACGGCCGGGAAUUUACACCAACGUGGUCAAAUAUGUGGACUGGAUUUUGGAAAAAACGCAAGCUGCGUGA